AUGGCUGUGCUGAAGGUCAAGUUCGAUCAGAAGAAGCGGGUGAAGCUGGCGCAGGGGCUGUGGCUCCUCAACUGGCUGUCGGUGCUGGCGGGCGUCGUGCUCUUCAGCCUGGGGCUCUUCCUGAAGAUCGAGCUGCGCAAGCGGAGCGACCUGAUGAACCACGCCGAGAGCCACUUCGUCCCCAACUCCCUGAUCGCCGCGGGGCUGCUGAGCUGCGCCUUCAACGCGCUGGCCGGCAAGCUGUGCUACGACGCGCUGGACCCGGCGCGCUUCGCCCGCUGGCGGCCCUGGCUGCGGCCGCUGCUGGCGCUGGGCCUGGGCUUGGCCGCGCUGCUGGCGCUGGCCGCGCUGGGCUGCUGGGCGCUGCGCGGGCCGCUAGAGGGCGCGCUGGCCGCGGGGCUGCGCAGCGCGCUGCGCUUCUACCGCGACACCGACACGCCGGGCCGCUGCUUCGUGAAGCGCACCGUCGACCUGCUGCAGAUCGAGUUCCAGUGCUGCGGCAACGCCGGCUUCCGGGACUGGUUCGAGGUCCAGUGGAUCAGCAACCGCUACCUGGAUUUCUCCUCCAAGGAGGUCAAAGACCGCAUCAAGAGCAACGUGGACGGGCGGUACCUGGUGGACGGCGUCCCUUUCAGCUGCUGUAACCCCAGCUCGCCCCGGCCCUGCAUCCAGUACCAGCUCACCAACAACUCAGCCCACUACAGCUACGACCACCAGACCGAGGAGCUGAACCUGUGGCUGCGCGGCUGCAGGGAGGCCCUGCUGAGCUACUACGGCAGCCUCAUGAACGCCAUGGGCGCUGCCACGCUCCUCGUGGGGCUCCUGGAGGGGAGCAUCACGGCGGGGCUGCGGUACCUGCACACCGCCCUGGAGAGCCUGUCCAACCCCGAGGACCCCGAGAGCGACAGCGAGGGCUGGCUGCUGGAGAAGAGCGUGCCCGAGACCUGGAAGGCCUUUCUGGAGAGCUUGAAAAAGCUGGGCAAAGGCAACCAGGUGGAAGCGGAAGGUGCCGACGCAGGCCAGGCCCCCGAGGCUGGGUGACGGCCCCCCCCU